UCUCUCUCUUCCGAAGCUUCCAGAAUGCCGGCGACUGUGGCGGCCCUCGCGGCGGUGCUUCUCCUCUUUACAGCCGCCACAACCCACGCGCACAACAUCACGCGCAUUCUCAACAAGUACCCUGAGUUCUCCACCUUCAACCAUUACCUAACUCUAACACACCUGGCGCCGGAGAUCAACCGCCGCACAACCAUCACCGUCUGCGCCGUCAACAAUGCCGCCAUGAACGACCUCCUCGGAAAGCAUCCUUCCAUCUACACAAUAAAAAACGUCCUCUCCCUCCACGUCCUCCUCGACUACUUCGGAGCCAGGAAGCUGCACCAGAUCACCAACGGCACCGCACUCGCCGCCACAAUGUACCAGGCCACCGGCACCGCCCCGGGAUCCUCCGGAUUCGUCAACAUAACCGACCUUCGCGGCGGAAAAGUCGGAUUCGGCGCAGAGAACAACGACGGAACGCUCUCAGCGUCGUUUGUUAAAUCCGUUGAGGAGAUUCCAUACAACAUUUCAGUUAUCCAGAUCAGCAAUCUCCUACCCUCGGCCGCAGCGGAAGCUCCUACACCCGCACCCAGCCAACAAAACCUCACCGCCAUUAUGUCCAAACACGGUUGCAAAGUCUUCGCCGACACGCUCUCCGCCACCGCUGACGCUCUUUCAACCUUCACGGACUCCCUCGCCGGCGGAUUAACCGUGUUCUGCCCCAUGGACGAUGCCUUCAAGGCUUUCCUGCCUAAGUACAAGAACCUCACCGCCGCCGGUAAGGCCUCGCUCCUCGAGUUUCACGGCGUUCCGGUGUACCUGUCCCUUGACCUGCUCAAAUCCAACAACGGACCUGAGAACACUCUCGCCACUGACGGCGCCAACAAGUUUGACUUCACUGUUCAGAACGACGGCGAGCAGGUCACGCUCAAGACCAAGGCCACCACUGCCAAGAUCACUGACACGCUCAUUGAUGAACAGCCUCUCGCGAUCUUCGCCAUUGAUAAGGUUCUGCUUCCCAGGGAGUUGUUCAAGGCCGAGGCUCCAUCUCCGUCGCCAGCCCCGGCGCCGGAGCCCGCCGCAGCCGACGCUCCCGCCGCACCGAAGAAGAGCAAGAAGAAGAAGGGAGCGAAUGCGCCGGCAGAUUCAAGUUCCGACGCUCCUGCUGAUUCCCCGGAUGAUGCUGCAGAUCAGAACGCAGAUGAUAGUAGCGGCGCCGUUAGGUUUGACGGCGCCAGGUAUUUUAACGUUAUAUUGGUUUUGGCUUUGGGUUUUGGUUUUCCACUUCUGUGAGUUCUGGAACACAAAUGCUGGUUUUAAUUUAUUUUUUUAAAACAUUUUUAGCUUUUUUUGUUCAGUUAGGAAAUAAAGAUAAUUGGAAGUGUGUAUUUUUAUUUGAUUUAAUAUUCUAUUGGAGAUAAUGCUGUGAUUUUGGUGGUGAGAGAGAGGGAAAGUUGUUGAACGGUUCUGAUGUGAAUGUAAACAUUUGUUUACUUUUCUUGAA